UGACCAGGGAUUGAACCCUCACCCCCUGCAUUGCAAGGCGAAGUCUUAACCACUGGACUGCCAGGGAAGUCCCUAGAUGUACUUUUUAAAUGAAUGAACUUUGGACUUACUGCCUCUCUGAUAAAUCAAAAAUGGCAGAACUCUUUAUGGAAUGUGAAGAAGAAGAGUUGGAACCAUGGCAGAAGAAAGUAAAAGAGGUUGAUGAUGAUGAUGAUGAUGAGCCGAUCUUUGUUGGAGAGAUAUCAAGUUCAAAACCAGCAAUUUCAAAUAUUUUGAAUAGAGUAAACCCCAGCUCAUAUUCAAGGGGAAUAAAGAAUGGUGCACUCAGCCGAGGUAUUACUGCUGCAUUCAAGCCUACAAGUCAACACUACACGAACCCAACAUCAAAUCCAGUGCCUGCCUCGCCAGUAAAUUUUCAUCCUGAAUCUAGAUCUUCAGAUAGUUCUGUUAUUGUUCAGCCUUUGUCUAAACCUGGUUAUAUAACGAAGUCAUCACGAGUUGUUUCUAAUAAUUCUUCAGAGUUACUGUUUGACUUGACCCAGGAUACAGGAUUACCACUUUACCAAGGAGGACCAACACUUUCUAUAGCAGGUAUGAAUGAAAGUUCAUUUUUAUCAAAACGUCCUUCUACUUCUGAAGUAAACAGUGUUAAUCCAAAAAAGUCUAAACCCAGUGAAGGUGUUUCUGGAACAAAUUCCUCAACUGUAUUUUCUUCAGUUAAAUCUCUUUCAGUGACAUCUCCCCAGGCUAUGCCAUCAAAAGGUACAAAUAUCUCAUCAAAUCAAUCUAAAAAUGGAACACCUUUUCCGAGAGCUUGUCCAAAGUGCAAUAUUCAUUUCAAUCUUUUGGAUCCUUUGAAAAAUCACAUGAAGUACUGUUGUCCAGACAUGAUAAAUAACUUUUUGGGACUGGCUAAAACAGAAUUUUCAAGUACAGCAAAUAAAAGUAAGACUGUUGAUUCAGAAAAAGGAAAACUGAUCAUGUUAGUUAAUGACUUUUAUUAUGGGAAACAUGAAGGAGAUGUCCAGGAAGAACAGAAGACUUACACAACCUUUAAAUGCUUCAGUUGCUUGAAAAUUCUUAAAAAUAAUAUCAGGUUUAUGAACCACAUGAAACAUCAUUUGGAACUUGAGAAGCAGAGCAGUGAAAGCUGGGAAAACCACACCACCUGCCAGCACUGCUACCGUCAGUUUCCCACACCAUUUCAACUGCAGUGUCACAUUGAAAGUACACACACACCCCAUGAAUUUUCUACCAUUUGCAAAAUAUGUGAAUUAUCAUUUGAAACAGAGCAUAUUCUUUUACAACAUAUGAAGGACAAUCAUAAACCUGGUGAAAUGCCAUAUAUUUGCCAGGUUUGCAAUUAUAGAUCAUCAUCAUUUUCUGAUGUAGAAACUCAUUUUAGAACAUCCCAUGAAAACACUAAGAACUUGCUAUGUCCGUUUUGCCUCAAAGUUAUUAAAAUUGCAACACCCUAUAUGCAUCAUUACAUGAAGCAUCAGAAAAAAGGAAUACAUCGUUGUACAAAAUGCAGACUACAGUUUUUAACAUGCAAAGAGAAAAUGGAUCACAAGACUCAGCAUCAUCGGACAUUUAUAAAACCUAAACAACUAGAAGGAUUGCCUCCAGGAACAAAAGUUACUAUUCGAGCUUCAGUUGGCCCUCUUCAAUCAGGAUCUUCAACUACACCUACCAUUAGUGCAAGCACUUCUACCCUUCAGCUCUCACCUCCAAGGACUAAAAAUAUAACUGCUAAAAAUCCCACAAAAUCUAACACAAGUAAACCUAAUAUAACUAAAUCCAUUGCAAGUAAACCUAAUGCAAGUAAGCCUAAUGGAAGUAAAUCUAAAUACAAAUCCAAAAUAUCUAAUAUGCAAAAGAAACAAAGCACAUUGGCUAGUAGCAAUAAAAAAAGUAAAGUCAAUACAGCAUUGAGGAAUUUAAGGUGUCGUCGGGGAGUUCACAAGUGCAUUGAGUGUUGUUCUGAAAUAAAAGAUUUUGCAAACCAUUUUCCUACAUAUGUCCACUGUAGUUUUUGCAGAUACAACACUAGCUGUAGCAAAGCCUAUGUGAAUCAUAUGAUGAGCUUUCAUAGUAAUCGUCCAAGUAAAAGGUUUUGUAUCUUUAAGAAGUAUUCAGAAGAUCUCAGGGGCAUUACUCUAGUGUGCCUUAAUUGUGAUUUCCUAACUGAUGUUUCUGGCUUAGAUAAUAUGGCUACACACUUAAGUCAACAUGAAACUCAUGCUUGUCAAGUUGUAAUAGAGAAAGUUUCUGUUUGUAUCCCAACUUCUGAACAUCUUUCUGAAUUAAAAAAUGAAGCUCCCACUAAGGAACAAGAACCUGUGUCUGAGGAACUUGCAAGACCUAAUAUGGCUGAAGGAGAAACAGAAACAUCAAAUUCUGAAAGUAAACAAGAUGAAGCUUCUUCAGAGGAAAUAAAAAAUGGAUGUGAUGUGCAUUUAUUCGAAGGCUCAUCAACAACAAAAAGUGAAGAAGGUGUAUCAGGUUCAGAUAAAGAAAAUGAUACCUGUCUUGAAGACCAGGAAACUGGCUCAAAGAAUAUCUUCAGUUAUGAUUCAAUUAUUGAUGCAGAUAAGGUGGAAAAGGAAAAACAAAUAGAGCACAUUUGUCAGGAAACAGAGUUGAAGAGGUGCCAAAGUUCAGAAAACCUCAUUGCACGUGAUCAGAUUGAAGAUUGCAAUGCCAGUGAAGCUAGAUUUUCUUCAAAGAAUAUUAAGGAUUUGCAAUUAACAUCUGGUGAUGUUAGCAUUGAUCAGUUUUUGAGAAAAAGAGAUGAACCUGAAUCUGUUAGUUCUGAUGUUAGUGAGCAAGGCAGUAUUCAUUUGGAACCUUUGACUCCAUCAGAAGUGCUUGAGUUUGAAGCCACAGAGAUUCUUCAGAAAGGUAGUGGUGAUCCUUCAGCCAAGACUGAUGAAGUAGUGUCUGAUCAAACAGAUGACGUUCCUGGAGAAAAUAGCCUUAGCACAACAGAGACAACAGGAGACCUGGCAGAUGAAAAAGAAAGAAGUUGAAAUUAAUUAGGCAUUCUAAGUUUUAGUGUACCAACGAUAAGAGCAUUUGGAACAGUGCUAUCAGGUGAGCUCAGUGGUGCUGUUGCAGAGUGCAGAGAUAGAAAAAUGUGAGGGAGGUCAUUCAUACACUUUACCUGUAUAUUCAACCUCGGUUAUUAAAUCAAUUCAUCAUUAAUAGCAUGAUUAGUAUGAAUUUCCAAGAAGUUUUUAAGACAUGAAUAAGAUUUUAAUGAAAGUUAAGUUUGCAAUGAAAAAGUCUCAUUUAUCAGUUUUCGAGGUUAUGGAACCUGGUGGUCAAUAUGAAUUGAAUAUUAGAAUAUUAUUUAUAUUAAUAAAGCUUUUGAAAUUUCCAUCAGUUCUAAACUAAAAGUCCUUAUUACCUGUACAUCCUUUUCAAUUAACUUAAAGGAAGAGAUUUGGAAACCACAUACCUUUUGGGAAUAAUUGAUUUAAAAUAAUGGCCAAUUGGCUUUGUUAAUGAAGGUUUCAUUUUGAGUAUGAUACUGGUAAAUGGAGCAUGUUUAGAAUGCUAAAUUCAUUGAUCUAAUGAGAAUUUGGAUGAACAUAAACUUAAUUUUGGAUAUAAUAUUACAUUCCAGACUGCCAGAAGCAUGUAAACAGAAUAUUUGAAUCUGUGUACCUCCAUACAAGUGUUAGCCUGCCAGGCUGUAAGCUUACCUUAAUUAAACUUUCAGUGAAAGUGAAAUUAUUAAAAUAAAAAUUUAUAUUUGUGCUUUUUGUCAGUGUGUAAGCUGUGCAGAAAUCCCUUGAUGUACUAGUUGUAUAAAGUAGAAACCCACUGUUGAAACUCCUGUAGCUAUUAUGCUCUUAAUAUUGUUUUAAUGAUCUUCUUUAGAAAUAGACCCAUAAAAAUGGUCUGGAAACCAAACCAAAGUAUGGAUUAAUGUAGAUAUUGUAAAGCAGUAAACUGAAAACAUGUCCUGGCAUGAAUUCAGCCAUGUUUAAGUGACUUUUUCUGUAAUUGUAAAAUAGAAAAUUCAAAUGGGACCUAAAGCAGGAUGUAAAAAAUUGGUUUGGGAUAUUUAGCCUAAUUUAUCCAUAAGAUGGCUGCUAAAUUGAUUUUUUCAGUUUUUUAUCAUAUAGAAAAUAAUAGAUAUAGAAAUGAAUAAUAUGAGUAACAGUAGUUUGCUUUGACGUACUAACAAACUUUUAUUUAAAAUGCUACAUUUUUACUUCUUAAAAUGUGCUUUGAAUUCUUAAAAUUUUGUUUCACUGAAUGUUAAAUGUUUAAAAUGGCUAUUAAAAUUCUGCUGUAUAUAGUAGUUUUUGAGUAAAUAUUUGCAAUAAAAAUCUGUCCCUGAAUAA